AAGAAAGAAAGAAAACAAGUCAAAAAGCUCGAUGAAAGCAAAGUGUAAUUCCCAAUCUCCGUUAUGGUAUGGAAAUGGAACGCCCUGUCGGAGAUGAAUCCUCGCCACCAUCUUUCUCCUUAUUAUAAUCAAUCCCUAUUCCAUUCCCUCACCCUCUUCUUCUUCUUCUUCUUCACACCUCUCUCCCAUUCAGUUUAAAACUCAUCUCCUUGAUAUGAUCCUCGCUAAAUUUACUUUUGAUUUCUCUCUCUCUCUCUCUUGCCUGCAAUGCACAGUGCAGAUCGCUGUUUGUUCAUUGAAUCGAUCAGGGCUUCAAAACAGUUGAAUCUUGAUCGUCCGUUUCUGCAGGGUGGUUUGUUCCUCAACGACAAAACAGUUUCUUCCUCGUUUGUUUCACCCAUUUCACUGAAGACCCAGAAAUGUUUCGAUGAUAAAAAUGACAAUGUCUUCUUGGUUUCGUAUUUUUUGGGUGGUCGGAAGACUUGUCAAACUCUGGGUCCUGUGAAGUCAAGUAUAGGUAGUAGAAGCAAAGGGGGUUGGUUCUUAUCGGUGAGUUUGUCGGCGGAGGAAGGGCAUGUUGGGGAAUCAGGAGAAGAUUGGGGGGAAAAUGGUGAUAAGAAUCUGGAAGCAGUGGAAAUAGUUGAAGAGGAGAAGGAGAAAGAGAAGAAGGGAUCAGGUGCUUUGAAUACCACUAAACAUCUCUGGGCUGGUGCUGUUGCUGCUAUGGUUUCAAGGACUUUCAUUGCUCCUUUGGAGAGAUUGAAGUUGGAAUAUAUUGUUCGUGGUGAAAAGAAAAAUCUUUUCGAACUAAUUAAAUGGAUUGCAGCCACACAAGGGUUGAAAGGUUUUUGGAAAGGGAAUUUCCUCAAUAUUCUACGCACUGCUCCUUUUAAGGCUAUCAAUUUCUAUGCUUAUGAUAUUUACAGAAGUCAGCUAUUGAAAUUGUCUGGAAAUGAGGAAGCCACAAAUUCCGAGAGGUUUCUUGCCGGUGCUGCAGCUGGGAUUACUGCAACUUUGCUCUGCUUACCAAUGGAUACUAUAAGGACAGUAAUGAUAGCUCCAGGUGGGGAAGCUUUGGGUGGGUUGAUCGGUGCUUUUCGGCAUAUGAUUCAGACCGAAGGGUUCUUUUCCCUUUACAAGGGACUGGUCCCCUCGAUUAUAAGCAUGGCACCUUCAGGUGCAGUCUUCUAUGGUGUCUACGAUAUAUUGAAGUCAACCUAUCUUCGCUCACCCGAAGGGAGGAAAAGAAUUCAAGACAUGAAACAAGGUGGUCAAGAACUGAAUGCAUUUGAACAAUUAGAAUUGGGUCCCGUUAGAACACUACUAUACGGGGCAAUUGCUGGUGUGUGUUCCGAAGCUGCUACAUAUCCAUUUGAAGUUGUGAGGAGGCACCUUCAAAUGCAAGUCCGUGCGACUAAGUUAAGUGCAAUGGCAACUUGUGUCAAGAUAGUUCAGGAAGGAGGAAUUUCCGCUCUGUACGCAGGAUUAAUCCCCAGCAUACUGCAGGUAUUACCAUCAGCUGCCAUAAGUUACUUGGUUUACGAGUUCAUGAAGAUACUUCAAAAAGUGGAGCCAGCAUAGACAUUUUAUCUACUCAACAUUUUUUUCUCCGGAUCGUUGGUGACUUUAUUAUCGAUUAAGGCUGUGGAUGUUUUCUCUUUGGGUAAAACGCCCAAGGUAAUUUCAGAUUUACCUAUACCAUUUUACAAACCAAUAGAUGGGCAAUGGACAAUAACCAAUGAAUGUACCCAAAAUCUCUUGCAAUGGACAAUAAACAAUAGAUGGGCAAGGCAAUUUCUGUGAAAAUCUCUUGUAUUUUUAACCAAUGAAUAUGUACCCAAAAUAUAUGGGUAAAAAAGCUAGGCUAUUUAAAAGUAAAACUCUCCUAAGACCUACAUUGUAAUUACAGGACACACAAAGGUGCAAA